CAGGAAAGGGUUGUCUAAACCUUACCAGUAGUUUUGUUGUUGUUGUUGUUGUUGUUGUUGUCGCACAUCGUGACGUCACUCUGACCCGUCCACUUCCAGCAUCACCCAAGAUGGCGACCGUAGAGAGCGGAGAGAAGGAUCAUUGGAGCGAAAGUAUUAAAUAUGUCCUAUAAUACAAUAGUACAGUGGUAGUUCUGGUCAAAAACAACAACCCGAGGUAGUGUCAUUGGAGAUACUGUUCUUAUAUUGUAUAAAAUACGGAUUUUAUUGAGCCUUUAAAGAACAUAUCGUUCAGUUGCCAGUGAUCGACCGCGGAGCCCCAAGCUACUGUGUCGUCACUGUGAAACCACUACACUCUACACACUCUAAACUCUCCACAUCACACUCUAGACAACAACACAACUACUCCCUACACACUACACUCUACAAACAGGUAUACUCUGCAGCACGCUCCUCCAAACAACACAGCCCUCUACUCCACACACGUCUUCAGUCUACACCCCCCCCCCAGGGGGGCGGUCAGGCAGGGUGGCCGCGCGGCUGGCUGCGUGGAGGGCCGGGCUGAUGGAGAGCGACUGCCGGAUCCCGAUGGCGUGUUUCAGACCGCGGGCCCUGGCUCUGCACGCCCUCUUCUGGGGCCUGGUGUCUCUCAGAGUGUUUGGGGCCAGUCUCCUGAGUGAUGAGAAGACCGCAGGUAAACAUCUCGUCACUUCACCUACAAGACAUACUACCAGGGCCUCGGACGCCCCCUGCUGGCAGCUGGAGGACUUUGUGGUGACGGUCGAGUGUUCUCAGUGCAGCACCAAGCCCUGGGCGGCCUGUGAGCAGACGGGCUACGUGGAGACGGUGAACUGCUCCAAGUCCAACAGAGAGGAGUACAAGAGCUGCCGCUCGGCCCUGAUGGAGGAGGUGCUGUUCUGGAGGAUGGAGGGGGUGGUGCUCGGCCUCAUGGUGCUGCUGGCGCUGGUGGUGGUCGGCCGACAGCGGUCCCUGGACCGCCUCGCCUCCGAGAAGGUCCGCCGCCAGAUAGAGUCCAUCUAGAGGACCGGGACCCGGACCUGGACCAGAGCCAGGACCCGGACCCGGACCGGGAACCUGGACCCGGACCUGGACCAGAGGCAGGACCCGGACCAGGACCGGGAACCUGACCUGACCUGACCUGGAUCCAGACCGGGACCUGAACCUGGACCCGGA